AGCACACAAGAUUGUUUCUCGGAGUCUGAUGCAAUGGGUUCCCAUCAGCUCAGCCCACUCCUCUCGCCAUAAAUGACGCCAGGCCAAUGAUUGCCACAGCCAUUGUGGGUUAUCUCCCGUGGUGACUGCAGCCUCAAGAGUUUCCUUCCCCGGCUGCAUCUUCAGACCCACCGAUCGUGCCAUUCCUACAAUCCUCCCGUCAGCGUACAUUCACCUCUCUUGCCCCUCUCCCCCUUUUCUUCUUCUGCUGAGUAUCUAUUGAGGCCCUGUGAAAACCUACCUGCGGAGCCAAAAUGGAGGACACUUACAAUAACAGGACUUCUCUGGCUAAGGGGGCCAAGGACAUGGUCAAGGAGGCCAAGCGGCAUGCGACGAAGAAAGUAGGCAAGGCGGUGGACCGCGCAACCGAUGAGUACUCGUCCCACCGCAACUACAGCCGAUUCCAAGAUGAGGAGGAUGAGGAUGAGGACUUCUACAAGAACCCGCCGCGGCAGCACGGAGAGGGCAACCACGACAACGAGGAGGGCUCCAGCGACGCCACGGAGGGCCACGACGACGAGGACGAGAUCUACGAGGGCGAGUACCAGGGGAUCCCCUCGGCAGGAGACAGUAAGCAUAAGGACGGCCAGGUGGCGCUGGGGCAGCUGGUGUCGGAUGCCACAAGGGACCGUAAGGAGCUGGACCAGGAGAGAGAGGCCGAUGAGGAGGAGCUGGCCCAACAGUACGAGCUCAUCAUCCAGGAGUGUGGCCACGGGAGGUUCCAGUGGCAGCUGUUCCUGGUUCUCGGGCUGGCCCUCAUGUCAGACGGCGUGGAGGUGUUUGUGGUGGGCUUCGUGCUGCCCAGUGCAGAGACAGACAUGUGUGAACCCAACUCCAGCUCCGGAUGGCUAGGUGGUGUUGUAUACUUGGGGAUGAUGGUUGGCGCGCUCUUCUGGGGAGGGAUGUCUGACAAAGUUGGCCGCAGACAGAUUCUCCUCAUUUGCAUGUCCACAAACGGCUUCUUCGCCUUCCUGUCGUCUUUUGUCCAGGGAUACGGCGUGUUCCUCCUUUGCCGCCUCGUCGCAGGCUUUGGGAUAGGAGGUGCCGUGCCGAUCGUCUUCUCCUUCUUUGCAGAGGUGUUGUCCAGGGAGAAAAGAGGAGAGCACCUCAGCUGGCUGUGUAUGUUCUGGAUGAUAGGAGAGAUCUAUGCAUCUGCUAUGGCCUGGGCCAUCAUACCACACUACGGUGAGUUCACCACAAAUUAUCACAGCGUGCACCCAGAAUGUUGGAGCUUCAGUAUGGGCUCAGCGUACCAGUUUCACAGCUGGAGGGUGUUUGUGGUCGUCUGCGCUCUCCCCUGUGUGUGUGCCGUGGUGGCUCUUACCUUCAUGCCUGAAAGCCCCAGAUUCUACCUCGAGGUGGGGAAGCACGAUGAAGCCUGGAUGAUCCUCAAACAGAUCCACGACACCAACAUGAGAGCGCGUGGGCAGCCGGAGAAAGUCUUCACCGUAAACAGGAUCAAGAUCCCCAAACAGUUGGAUGAACUGGUUGAAAUGCAAUCCGAGUCUGGCAACCCAGUAUCCAAGUUUUUCUUCCGGAUAAAGGCUGAAACACAGGGGAUCUAUCAUAACCUGAUGAAGUGCUUCAACUACCCAAUGCGAGAAAACAUGAUACGUCUUGCCACGGUGUGGUUCACACUGUCAUUUGGGUAUUAUGGGCUGUCAGUCUGGUUCCCUGACGUCAUCAAACACCUUCAGGCAGAUGACUACGCCUCCAAAGUGAAGAUCCACAGCAAUGAACGCAUCGAGGACUUCACCUUCAACUUCACCCUGGAGAACCAGAUACACAAAAAUGGCCUCUUUAUCAACGACCGAUUCAUCAAUAUGAAGCUGAAGUCCGUCACCUUCAUUGACUCUACUUUUCGUAACUGCUACUUCGAUGACGUGACGUCAGUGGGCUCCUUUUUCCGCAACUGUACUUUCAUUGAUGCUUUCUUCUUCAACACAGACAUCUAUGAGACCAAGUUGAUCGACGGCACAGAGGUGAUCAACAGCACCUUCACCCACAACAAGACAGGGUGUCAGAUGACUUUUGAUGACGACUACAGCGCCUACUGGGUUUACUUCAUCAACUUCCUCGGGACCCUGGCUGUUCUGCCCGGCAACAUCGUCUCCGCCCUUCUCAUGGACAAAAUUGGCCGUCUGUCCAUGUUAGGUGGUUCCAUGGUGUUGUCGGGCAUCAGCUGUUUCUUCUUGUGGUUCGGCACCAGUGAGUCCAUGAUGAUUUUCAUGUUGUGCCUUUACAACGGUCUGAGCAUCUCUGCCUGGAACUCCCUGGAUGUGGUCACUACUGAGUCAUUCCCUACUGCCAGGAGAGGAACAGGCUUCGGGUUCUGCAACGCUCUGUGUAAGCUCGCCGCCGUCCUGGGGAACCUGUUUUUCGGUUCACUCGUCGGCAUCACCAAGGCCAUCCCCAUCCUCAUGGCCUCGUCCGUGCUCGUUUGUGGAGGCCUGGUCGGACUCAGGUUGCCUGACACCAGGGCAAAUGUUCUCAUGUAACACCGUUGUGGCGUUCAUCAGCAUAAAAAAACUGGAUCAAACCUGGGUGAGUCCGAGAGGACGCUCAGGCAGCGUUGGGUAAAAAGUGCAAAUUGCUUGGUUCACACAUAUCUUUCAUAUCAUGAUGUUACCUCGGUGAAGCCACCUUUUCACGGUGCAAUCAUACAACUCCUACGAUCAGUGUAAGUUAAUAAUAACCUCAGUCAUUUUGUGAAUGUAUUAUCUGGGAGUUGCUCAGAGACUUUGUUGGAGUUUCAGUUUCAGUGAGUCUUUGCACCUUGCCGCUGCAGCCGUGAUCCUGCGCAGAGUCACCGCUUGGUUAAAGCUCAAGGCUUUUAAUAUUGAUACGGUCUUAUUAAGACGAGCCAGAUGGGGAGACAAGUGAAAAACAAGCUGUAAUGAGCACAGCCAACCUGCUGCUUGACAACAUCAGGAAUAGAUGAUCAGACAGAGCAGGCACACGACACACCGGUAUGACAGCUGGCUUACCCACAGGACCCACAUGCACAGGUCUUGUUGCAGAUAGUGUGUAGAAAGUCCCUGUGCUUGAAGACAUCAAAAUCCACGCACACAUCUGAGACGCAAAUACAUACUCAAAAAUAGACCGAAUAUCAGAAUACACACACAACACUGCAUUUGGCUCAAUGUGACAUUUGCUCAGACGUCUGCAAACUUUUCAGAGUUAAUGAUAGUAGGACACCAAGCCCUUUGCAUUUCCUACCCAGCCGAGAAUCAAUAAGGCCAUCAUGAAAAACUGUAUAUUCCUGUACCAAUAACUGUCUAGUACGUUCAAUCUGAGGAUGUUUGCAUUAUUUUCUGCUUUGUCAUUGUAGAAGUUCUACUGAUUUUAUCCAAGUGUUGUUAGUGUGGGUCGUCGCUCACGUGUAUUAUUUCUACAAAGGCUCUCUGAUGAGCUCUCCCUCUGAGAUUAGUUAGCUUUGUGUUGGAUCUUGCUCGUGGCGGUGGCAUUCACAUGUCAUGCCAUGCUGCUUCCUUUUUAAAAAUACUGAAUGGCCUUUUUUAAAUGUGCCUCUCCUUAACUGGAGCAGUCUGCCCAUAGUCAUGUGGUGUCCCGGGGGAUACGAGGAUCAGACAGAAACGGAAAAACAGAAGUGAAUAGAUCAAAUACUCAUGGGGGAUUUGUGAUUAUGUGUGGAAUUUGUUAGGCUGUGAACCUCUUCUCCUUUAUUAGUCUUCCCCUUUUUUUAUAAAGCUUUUAUUUCUCUGGGAAAAACCUCCUCCUCUCAUGAAGAAAAAAAACUGUUGCUACGACUAGUGACAGUGUAUGAUAAUAUGAUCAUAUGGUGUAAGUUAACAACGCAAGACUAUAAAGUAAUAAUGUAAAUAUCAGUCAGGGCCUCUUUGUGCCGCCCAUGAGGAAAGUGUCUCCUAAGGAAACAUUGGCUUUUUUAAAAUUAUUUUGUGUCUUAUUCAAAUCAUCUAGGAAAAAAUCGGCCCAUUGUUUGUUUCGAUAGCUGUUGUGAACAAACACAAAUCUUGAUGAUUAAUUCGAUUUUUAACUAGGGAAAACUUUUUUUUGAACUUGCCAUAAUCGAACAAUUGAAAACAUGAUCUACCUUGACCUGAUGUGUCCUGUCUUUCAACAUUGGAGCCUCAAUUCAUCUUUGAGAAUAUCCAAGGGGGUGACAUGUUAAAAUACCUCUAAAUAUUUAGCAAUCAAAUAUAUUUAAACAGCUGAGACUGUUGAGCUUCUUGCAGUCUUGUUUAUUUUGUCCUUGCGGGUUGUAUUUUCUGUGGCUAAUAGCUGAAUAGAGUUCUCCCCUGUUUCUGUGUUAUUGCAGCAUAGAGGUAGUUUCUUGAUCUGCAAACGGCUCUCGAGACUAUUUAAAAAAUAAAUAAAAAAAGGCUUCCAAACUGGUACUGUACACUCAAUUUCCAUAAACCUAUCGUUUUCACAGAUUUUCAGUUGGAAACACAUAAUGAGGUGUGCUGCUAUUGUGCGAUAGAUAUUUUUGACCAUAUGAUUUAAAUAUUUUGAAACUAAAGUAUGACAUACAUAUAUUAAAUGAAUGCACUGAUGUCAAAAGCAAUGACUUUCGCCCAGCGUCACUGCAGUGAAGUACUGAUCUGUAUGUUUCUCGGCUGGUCUCCCUUUUGUGUAUACUGGGGAGAAUUCAUGUUCCUUGUUAUGUUUGAGGUAUUUGGGGGAUUUCUUUCUCUAUGUACUGUAUUUAUGUGUGUUUAUGCGAGUGUGUGUAAGAAUGGGAAAGCUAAUCCUGUAUGUGUGUGUGUGUGUGGAUGCACGAGUAUAAAUAUUAUGUACAUAUCAAAGCUGAUAUUGGUGAAGUUCUGGGUUAAAUGUGUAUAAAAUCCUUGAUCGAUUCAUGUGUCUCCUGCUCUGUCAAAGUGAUAAAUCCAUCUCCUGUAUCUCUGUUGUACAUCUCUGUGUGUCCUUGGCUUAACUCCCUUCUCACCUGCUACUUUGUGUGUGUGUGUGUGUGUGUGUGCACCAACUUGCAUGUAUGUAAGAAAACUUCCAUUAUUUUGUGGUCAACUUUGCGUUCUUACUGUAAACUUCUUCUGGCAGAAAAUGAUGGCAAUAUUAAGAGUUUUGUUGAAGAAAAUGUGAAUGUAUCACUCUGUUGAUCCAUUUAUGGAGGUAAUUAAGUGUAUGUGGAGAAUACAGUUGUGUGUUUUAUUGUAUGCCAGUCAUAGGAUGACUGAGCUGUGUGUUCAGAGAUCUGUAAGUGUGGAAAGAUGUGAAGAAAUAUUUGCCAAAUGAUGCUCUGUGAAUAAUGUGUAAAACUGGAAAGGCAGGGAUUGCAGACUGUGCUGCAUAUAUACAAUAAUAUAUAUACAAUAAAAGCUAUGUUCUCUAGCAAAGCAAUUCUGUGCUUCUGUUAUUUUUACACAUUACAUUACUGCACUUGUUUAAAGACAUUUGAGAUUUAGUAAAUUUCAUUCCCUUUUGUUCACUACUUACAUUAGUCAACCUAUUUGGUGUGAAUACAACUAUUGCAGUUAAAUAGUGUAAUAUAAGACAACUGUUAAAUAAAGUCUAUCUUCACAAAGGUAAUUCAGUUUUGCUGAAACUGUUGUAGAAAAUGCUGUGUCAAUUGUAUGGUCAUGUUAGAGUUUAUGCAACAGUUGUGCUGCAGUAUUGUGUUUCCAAAAUUGUAUGUAACAUCAUUGAUAUGUGUGAAAAUAUAAUAAGGGACAACCCCCUGUGUAAUAGGAAACUUAGUGUGAAUACAUGCAGAGAAACACUUUCAAUAAAGUU